GAAUGAAUAAAACUUUCUAAUAAAAUUUCUUAGCAAAUCAAGUGGCCAUUGUAACAGGUGGAGCCACAGGGAUUUGUUAUGGUAUAAGUCUGGCAUACUUGAAAUACGGGUGCAAAGUACUUAUUACAAGUAGAAAAGAAGAAGUCUUGAAAAAAUCAUGUGUUACAUUAGCAUAAGAAUCAGGUAAUGACAAUAUUGCAUACUUCCCAUGCGAUGUCAGAAAAUUUGAAUAAGUAGAAGCAAUGGUCUAAUUUGCAUUGGACAAAUGGGGAAGAAUAGAUAUUUUGGUGAAUGGUGCGGCAGGAAAUUUUUUGGUUCCUUUCGAAAUGAUGAGUGUAAAUGCAUUCAGAUCUGUAAUGGAAAUAGACACUUUUGGAACAUUUCAUGUAAUCUCAUUGUGUAGAUUAAUAGUGUUGUAAAGCUGUUGUGGCCAAAUGGAUGUCAAAAAACGGAGGGGUUAUUAUUAACAUUAGUACCACACUUCCACAUUGUGGAGUAGCACUCCAAUCACAUGCAGGAACAGCCAAAGCAGGAAUAGAUGCUCUUACUAGACAUCUUGCUGUUGAAUUAGGACCAAAGAGAAUUCGAGUAGUAGGUAUUGCCCCUGGAGCUAUUGAGAAAUCUGAAGGAUUUAAAAGAUUGAGAAUGGAUGAUAGUGUAAUUAGUGUCCCAUAUUAUUUUAGUCUGGUUUUGGAGAGGAUUUUGAAAAACUAUUGCCAUUAUAGAGAGCAGGAAAUAAUGAUGACAUUGCUCCUUGGGCUCUCUUUUUGGCUUCUGAUUGUGCAAGUUAUAUUACUGGAUAAACGAUUAUUGUUGAUGGAGGAGCAGUCAAUACAUUUCCUAAUUUUACUCUUCUAAGUAAAAAGGCAAGAGAUAUGUUAAAACCAAAAUUAUGA